GUCUUCUUGUGGCGUCGGGGCGCGGUUCAUACUGAACACGGCGUCGUCGCCGCCGCCGCCAUCAUCGACGCGCUGAGACGCCAGCAGCUGACGCAUCCGCGAAGAUCGAGCCACUAGCCAACGGCAGCCAGCCAGCCAGCCAACGGCCAACGCUUCUGCAGUACUCGACAGCGCCGUGCCCAGAGUGCACACACACCGCCUGCGCCUCUUCGCGCAGUGCUGCUGCUGUUGCUGCCGCGACCCAACGAUUUUAAUACCAAGAGGAAGAAUCGAUCAACACCGCCCACAAGAGCAUCCGAUUCGAAGAUGUCAGUGCCAUCGAUGGUCCACCGAUCGGGUGACUCUUUGGUGGUACGCAGCGUCGUUAGCGGAGAUGCACUCUUCGGAACGGCGGUUGCUGAAGAUGCGGAUGACGGUGAAGAACUCGCGGAAAUUGUCGCCGCUGAGGAUUUACCCGAGUGUAAAAUUAAAAGAAACUACAGUUGUCCGAACUGCGAUUAUUUCACGCAGAACCCCAGAAACUUUUUAUAUCACCUCAGGGACGUGCACAAAGAGAAGGUGAAGAUUUAUGAAUGCCCGAAUUGUUUAUACGCCUCGAAACAUUAUCAAAAGUUAUUGAGGCACGCUAAAAUGGUGCACGGAAGCGCCGAUGGUAUUGAAUUACCAAGAGGUAAGAAGAGGAAUAUAGAAGAUUCAGAACAAGAAUUAGACGACUCAGAAAAUGACGAUGAAGAGACAAAAUUUAAAUGUUCCCAUUGUACAUUUACAUCAAAGAGUCAAAAUGCGGUCAAUAAGCAUGAAAAGGAUGAACACCUGACGAAAAUUAAAUCGAAAUUUUUCAAGUGUUCAAAAUGUUCGUAUACAACACCGAUAAAGGCCCGAUUUACGAAACAUACCAAGUACCAUUCGAUGCCGAUGAUCAAGUGCGAUUUAUGCGACUUCAAAACGCCUUACAAAUGGAACCUGGAUCGUCAUUGCAAAAAUCACAACGGUACGGGCAUUUAUCGUUGUUCCGCGUGUAACUUUACGGCGGAUAUUAAGCAGAGUCUGACGGUUCACGAAAUGAAUCAUCACGUGCCUCCUGUAGGCCAAGCAGCCGCAGGAAUCGGCGUGGGGAAACGUAGAAAUAAGGUGGGGGCCAGCGAUACUAUGGCCAACGAGGAGGGAUCACCACAGCAGGUCGAGUCAACAACGACAACAACGUCUACCAGUAACAUUACGGUGGAGACUUCGAAGAAAUCCUCGAAAAAAUCAAAGCCAGCCACCGACCAUCACCAGUCGAGGCAGGCAAACGCUUACGGUUCCGAUUUUAUCAACCCGGAGGAUAUUAUCCAUCACGCCAAUGGGCAGAUUUAUAUCAAGAACAAGUGCAAAUUGUGCAAUUACAAGUCUGCGUGGGACGGUGAAAUGGCUAAACACGAAGAAAAAGUCCAUAAUAUAGUGAGAAAUAAUAAUAACAAUAACAUUUUUCGUUCCGAAAAGAAAAAAACUUCAAAACCCUUACCGAACUUAAUACCUCUACAUCAACCAUCGAAAGUUCCCCAACAAUUUUGUCAACCAACCAACAUGAGUACGUUACCAAUUCCACCGGAACCGAUUUACUCACAAAAAGACAUCAACGAUAUCUGUGCUAAAUCAAUUAACAGUGAUUUAAAAGAUUUCGCUUCAUUGAUCGAUAGUGAUGUAUUUAAAAAUGUACACUUAGAGUUAUCAACACCGCCAAAAAUUCCUGAUUUAAUUCCAACAUCAUCGUUUUCCAAGAAAAAAUCGAAAAACUCUUCGUUUUUUGAUAAAUUCAAGGCGAAUUUGACCGCUGAGAAUCUUCGUUGCAAUCAUUGUGGCCACGAAAGUAAGUGCCUAACCGAAUUAGAUGCCCAUAAAAAAAUUUGCGGCAAUAAAGCUCGCCCUUAUAAUACAUCGUCACCAAUUCCAAGACACAAUUUAAGUUCAACCCGUUGUCAAUUUUGUCGGCAGCGAUGCAAAUCGUCAACAGAUCUCAUUAAUCAUUUAAAAACGUGUGGGGAAGCGGCGAAAUCUUUGCGAGAAUCUGAAGAUUUAAAAGAUGAAGAUGAGAAUAAUCCUAUGGAAAAUCGAAUUUUCGUUUGGAAUAAUAUUCAAGUUCCCAUGGAUAUUGAUAUACAAGGUGAAGAUGUUAAUGAAGAUAUUCAAUAUGAAUACAUAGAAGAAAAACAAGAUGAUAAUAUCUCCCUAGAUUUAUCGAUUAGAACUCAAUCGCCGAAUAGUGAAAAUAGUUUUUUGAGCAUUGAACCUAGUAAUCCUACUCCAACACCAUCAACAACCCCAACAACAAACGUAGCAACACCAAGCAGUACAACAACUGAAAAAAUUCCAACUCACGGUAAUGAUAUUAGUAUCGCCCAACAUAAAAGAGUUUUUAAAUGUCCGCAUUGCACAUUUUGGGCGUCGACCGCUUCAAGAUUUCACGUUCAUAUAGUUGGUCAUUUAAAUAAAAAACCAUUCGAGUGUUCCUUGUGUUCGUAUCGUUCAAAUUGGCGAUGGGAUAUUACAAAACAUAUUAAAUUAAAAUCUGUUCGUGAUCCGGCCCAUGAAUCAGCAAAAGUUUUAAUGACCGACGAAACCGGAAGGAGAAAUUACACCAAAUAUAAUAAGUAUUUGACAGAGAUCAAUGUCGGAGGUGAUAACGAAACCAGUGGUGGAUCAGGUACAAGACCAAAAUCCUCAUCGAAUCACCACCAUGACCAAUCAAGUCCUAGUCAAGUGUUACCAAACAACAAUCAAAAGGAUGUAUCGAGAUUGAACCAUCAUCAUCGAACAUCAUCGAACAAUAGUAGUUUUUUUAAUAAUAAUGAUUUUAAUAACGUUGCUCAACAGCAACAAAAAACUACCAGGCCAGUACCUAGUCUUAAGGUUAGAUCGGCAGCUGAUCUCUAUAAAUAUGGUAAUGAUAAGAAGAAGAAUGGAUCGGAAAAUAAAAAGACGCUGUGGCAAUGCAAAAAAUGUAAUUUCAGGGAUCCAUCUAAAGAAAAGUUGUUGGCUCACGUGAAGACUCAUUACGUGACAUCAUCGUCGUCUACGUUAAACGACGGCGAAAAAAGCGUUGUUGAUCAACAUCAUCAACAGCAUUCACCAACGAACCACCAACAACCCAAUCCGGCUGACCACCAGCAGCUAGACGAGGCAAGUGUAGGUGGUGGGUAUUCACGAUUGCAAGCGCCAUUUCGUUGUGGCCACUGCCAACAGGUAUCGAAUUGGAAGCAUGUCAUCCAGCGUCAUUGCCGUUUAAAGCACAGCGGCGAUAUAAGGGUGGUAAUCGGAAGUAAAAAUGGUCCGGAUAAAAUCGAGGUUGAAGACGGUCAACAAGAAGACGAAGAUUCAAUUUUACCGCAAGAAAUCGAAAUUGAUGAAUUGGAUAAAAACGAAACUCAAGUUACCAGUUGUAGUUUAUGUAAUUAUCACGUCGCGAAUCGGAAUGAAUAUAUAGAACAUUUACGUUUGCACGGUAUUAGCGAUCCAGAGGAUUAUUUAAAUAAUAAAAAUGAACGAAUUCCCGAUUCUGGCGAAAUUCCGAAACGUUACCAGUGCACAAUUUGUCCAUAUGAUACCAAUAGUAAAUCACAAUUUUCAUAUCAUAAACAGUUUCAUAAUCACCAAGGUUAUCAAUAUACUUGUAAAACAUGCGGUUAUAACGUUAGUAAAAGACAUCUUCUUCAUCAACAUAUGAAAGUACAUGGAAGUAAUAAUUUUAAGCAACAAAAUGGAGGUGAUAAUAGCGAUGAUGGGAUUUUAGUCGAAUUUGAGGAAGUUGAGCAAUAUGGCGGUGAUAUUCCAUUAGUUUGGGUGUCGAAAAAUGGAAAGUUUGCUAAGAUGUAUAAAUGCCGUUAUUGUCCUCAUGUUAAUUUAAGGAAAGUUAACAUACAAGACCAUGAAAAAAUGCACGGAAAUCGAGAAAAGAAUUCAAUGAAAUCCUCCAACUCAGAAAUUGAGCAUCGUUGCCCAGACUGCAAUUAUGUUUGUAACAACGCUGGUGUUUUAUCAUCACAUUCCAAAGUUCAUCAAGGUUUAUAUGGUAAAAUACAUGGUCUGGUUGACUCAAAACGUUCGGAUGAAGAACAAAUUAAAGAAAUUAAGGAAAUGUUUGGGGGAAAUUCCAAUAAAUAUGAUAGCGAUGAAGAAAUGAUGGGUUUGGUGAUUGAUUUUAACGAAGAGAAUCAACCGGAAAAUAAUUUUGAGUCUUCAUCAUCAGUCUUAUAUUUCUGCGAUAAAUGCCCGGCUAGAUUUUUAAAAGAAAACGAAUUUUUAAUACAUUUAAAAUUCCACGGCGCUCGUCUAAUUUAUAAAUGCGAUCAUUGUAGUUACACAGCCCGCCAACAACCGCAUAUUUUAGCUCAUAACAACGUUCACAGCGAUGAAUAUCAAAAAAGAACGGCGAUUUUUAAAGGUACUUAUUGCCCACAUCCGGAUUAUCAGCCCCCAAAAGUAUUUAGAAAAGAAUUUGGCGGCGAAUUCAUUAACAUUGCUUUAGAAAAUAACGACUUAAACAAUAAAUUAAGUCAUAUUGACAUGGAAAACGAACCCGAAUGUUCAAUCGCCUUAAAUAAAACAAUGAAAUUUACCCAAAAUAUUCCUUUAUCCGGAACGGAAUUGUUUCAACAAAAAAAUGAAGCCCAAUUAAAUUAUUCAUCCUCAAAUCAAAGUUCAAGUCAUAAUUUGGCGAUUCCUUCGAGUUCACGUUCAGAUCCGCAAUUCGGUUCGUUAAUACACGGAAAUCCAGACUUUAUUUACCCAACUUGCAUUAAAAAUGGUAAAACGAAAGAAAAACGAUAUAAAUGUCACAAAUGUCCGAGUGCCUUUGAAAAACGCGAACAAUAUAAAAUUCAUUUAGGUUUGCAUGGCGCUAAAAGUAAAUAUAAUUGUUCGAAAUGUGAUUAUUCGGUGAAAUAUUACGCAAAUUACACACAACAUAUCAAAAAACACCAAAUGAAUGAUGAGGCGGUUUUGAAAAAAUCCCCAGAAGAAGAUAAAAAGUUUUUUUAUUGUACAAAUUGUCCUUAUUCUAAUCAACGUAAAGAUUCGUUAGAUAAUCAUAUGAAAAAACACGGUUCGAAUAAUGCUUACACUUGUGAACAUUGUGAUUAUUCGGUGCCACAAGCUCACGUUUUAAGGGACCACACCAAAUUACAUUUUGCUGAAAAACAAAAAGGAGUCCAGAUUGAUGGUUAUAUGGUUUGUGAUAAUAUUAAAUUGACAUCAAAAAAAUUAAAUCAAUCCGAUGAUGACGAUGAAGAUGAAAAAGAAAUUGAUGAUGAUGAUGACGAAAACAAUGAUAGUAGUAGUAAUUCGGAAGAAAGUAUUGUUUUCGAUGAAAAAAUGCUGGAUGAUACAAAUUUAGAAGGAGGUGGUAAUAAUUCAAAUAAUAAUAAAGGGGAAAGGGUUUUUGUAAAUCCAGAUACGGGAGAAUUCGCUGUUGAUUUAAGUAAAGUCAAUGAAACAACAGCGAAUGAAAGUAACGUAGAUAGUCAAGUAUCUAGUGAUAAUUAGUAAAUUUAAUUUUUUUUAAUUAUUAAAAAUUGAGAAAAUAAUUAUUAAAAAAAUGAAGUAACCAAUGUACAAAACUGUGUUAUUAACUUUGCCUUGUAGUAGUCGUAAAAGUAUUUUUACAGAGUAUUUUUCACAAAUCGGAGGUUCUUAGUAUUAAUUAGAUUGAUUGAUCGAUUUAAAAAAAGAUUAAAACGAUAUACUUGUCGUUUUUUUUUAAUUACGAUCGAAAAAUUGAAAAAAGAGUUUUUAAUUUUUAUUAUUAUGUUAUUUUCUAGUAGUCGUCUUAUUAAUCGUUAUGGGUUUAAAGUAAAUUAUGCCAAAGCAUUUAAUGCCAAAAUUGCCAUACAUUUUGUUGUAUUUUGUUUAUUAUUUAAAAAUAUAAUUGAAAAAAAAAUAAAA